CGUACAUUGGUUAACUUUGCAGGUGCUACCCUUACCUGGAGGCCUCCAGACCACAAAUUUCAUGCCAGCUACCAGUGGCAACAAGACCCUUUCAUCAGCAGUGUCUCCACUGCUGACCACAACUGCUGCCGUUAAUCCACCUCUGGAUGUAGGGUCAAGCUUGUCUCCCUCACAAACCCUCACCACAAUGGUUGGUGUUGGAGACGCAAGUGAAGGAGACGGAGGAGGAGGGGGGGGUGUCCCAAACCAGGGAGAGGUCACCGGGGAGGAGAAGGAUGAUGUUGCAUGCUACAACCAUGAGUUUUUCCAUGGAGGAAUGGCCAAGACAGCCCCUAGCAAGAAUGAACCAAUGAAGCUGAAGCCAAAGCACAAAUGCCCUUUCUGUGGAAAGGAGUUCAGCAAAAAUUUUGACUUGCAGCAGCACAUUCGGUCUCACACUGGUGAAAAGCCCUUCCAGUGCAUUGUUUGUGGACGAGCAUUCACCCAAAAGAGUAAUGUGAAGAAGCACAUGGCAACGCAUCGAGUCUGGCCUGCAGGAUCCCUAAGUGAUACCCUGCCAAAAGACCCCAUUAAGAAGUUGAUGAUGUCCACUAAUAUUGAUAUGGUACCUCAGAUGGAGCUGUUAGAAGAAAGGACAGUAAUGAAGGAAGAAGUUCUUGUUGAUGACUCCUAUGUUUGCCAGUUCUGCGGUCAUGCCCUUGGCAGCUAUGUUGAGCUACGCACGCACAUGAAGCUACAUGCACACCAAAAGGUAUAUAAAUGUAUACAGAAAAACUGUGAUUUAGCUUUCGAUGAUCUCGACUCUUUCUUGGACCACAUUCGCACCCAUGACCGGGACUUGCAGUACCGGUGCCAUACAUGCUCUAAGGUGUUCUCUUCUCUUAAGACCUUGGGUUUCCACCAGUAUGAGCACUCCAUGUACCCACAGCCAAAGAAGACUGUAGGUCCAAGCUAUUUCAGAUGUACAAAAUGCAUGAACAAGUAUGCAAGUGCUGAGGCACUGGAACACCAUCUUCGCACAUCAUCACACCAUUAUCCAUGUAAGCAGUGUGGGAAAGUAUUUACGUCAGAGAGGCUCCUCAGAAGGCACCUUCAUGUGCAUGGGACAGUCAACCCAUUUAUGUGUGCUCAAUGCUCCAAGGAAUUCAAAUCAGAGUAUUCCUUAAAGCUGCAUCAGCUGAUACACACAGGAGAAAAACCCUAUGAAUGCCACAUUUGCAAGACUGCCUUUAACCGCAGAGACAAAUUGAAGCGGCACAUGUUGAUCCACGAAGCAAAAAAGUUAAAGUGUCCAUUUAGGACUACGCUUGGAUGUUUACGAGAAUUCAGCAGGCCUGACAAGCUGCGACUGCACAUGAUGACACACGCCGGAGGUCGAGCCAGGCGAGGAAGAGGGCGAGGGAGAGGUUCGAGUGCUGGACGUUUGGAGAGACAAGUGAAGACAGAAAUCAUCCCACCUGAUGAUGUCAAGUGCUCAAUAUGCCACUUGCCUAUUCAGCCUGGUGAAGAUCAUGACCACAAAUGCCUCACUGAAGAUAAUGUAGAAGGACAUGGCGAUGGUUUAGAAGACACUGCCUUUGCAACCUCUUCAUCACGUAGUGGGAGGUUGCGGCCUAUUCGCCAGGCAGUAGUACGAAGGGCACGAGACCAGGCAACCAGUAGAAGAGGAGUGAGAAAGAGAAGAGGAGUGUUAAAUCAAAAUCUAAAUACUCAGAGACAGAAAGAGCAGAAACAUGAGCCUUUGCAAGAUCAGCAGCAACAAAAACAGCAGCAAAUACACAAUCAACAACAUCAUCAAGAUCCACAGCAUCAGGAAGAGAAUCAGCAACAACAGCAACAGCAGCAACAACAACAGCAACAGCAGCAGCAAACUAUAAUACCUGCCCAGGAAGUUCAGCAUCAACAGGAUGACAUUCUGACUGUUCCAUCUGUUGAAGCCAUUACAAAGGUGGAUGGAGAUGCUGACACUCAAAAUGUGGAGAUAAUCUAUAUCCCAUUUUCAAUACCACUUGCACGGCCAAUUCAGGCAGAGCUCAUCAGGGCCAUGUCCAGUGAUGAAGCCGGCCAUGUGGACAGUGAGAUCUUGGAAGGUGGACCAACCAUAACAUUAGACAGCACCACCUCUUCCCUCUUGGUUGGAAGUGGCACCAUGGUUCCUUUGGUGAGCCCAUCCACAGUUGAGGAAGUAGACCCUUUGGAUGUCACAAACUUAUCCAAAGAUAACCAAGAACUACAGGUCAUGUACAAUACCUCCACAGCUGAACUUAGCUCUGCUGGCCCUACAGAGCUUGUAGAGACUCAGCUGAACAACAGUCACAUCCAUGGAUCGCAGUUGGUUCAUGAUACUACGAUAGACGAGUCACAGCUGCCACAUCCUCAUCUUACUCAUCUGAAUAUAUUACCGGAUCAGACGUGAAGUGUUGCAAUAUAAAGUAGUAAAAUUGCUCUCUAUAUAAAUGAAGGAGAAACAGGUACAUAGUAUCUCCAUGGAAUGAAGGAUAAUACUGGAGUUAUUAUUCUUACUUGGCAUUAUAUGUACCUUAAGGUCAGUGGGGUGCAGGGACUUAAUCAUGCUGACAAUCAUGUAUUUAUUGCUGUAUGAACCAGCACCAAUUUUUAUGUUAAGAAUGUCUUGCAUUGGGCUUUCACCUAAAGUGUACCAUGAUUAGAUCAUGCACAUGUUGGAUUCAUUAUAGUCUAGAUUAAUUGAAUUUAUUGUCAGUUUAUAGCUCAUAUCAGUGAAACUGAAUUAGGAGGCUUAUAGCCUACAUAAGGGGUUGAGUCCUGAGAAAAAUGCCGCACAGGUGUUAAUAGGACAUGUUUUACCUGAGUGAAGGAAAAACUUAUGUGAAUUGUUCUGAGUACAAACCUAAGUAGAGUUAUGUUUUCCCUCACACUAAGAUGUAAUUGUUAAAGAUUCCUGUACUCAUUGGUGUAAUGAAGAAGAGAAUAUUAGCUGCAAUUGCAAUACCUUUUUACACAAAAAAGCAGUUUUGGAAUGUUUCCAAUGUGAAUGCAAUUAAUGAUUCCAUUUAAAAAAUUAAACUCAUGAUAUAUCCAUAUCCCUUUUCCUAACAAUCUGUAUGCAUA